AGAUUAAUUGAGCCGUUCAAGAAUUGCUCACCUGAUUCUUCCACCAUAGUGAGUGUUAAUGCGAUAAGGUGCCAACCCACUAGUGGUUUAGAGGAGGAGUUGAUGUCGAUCCUGGAGGAUAGUGGCCAACAAGGACUAGAAACUUCAGAAGUAGUGGAAGCAAGACCUCGGAUACAGCAAGUUUCAACUCUUCUGCGAGAGGUUGAAAAGAACAGAAAUUGCUAUGACCCAAGGCUAGUCUCCUUUGGUCCUUACCACUAUGGCAACCCAAAGCUUCAAUUGGGACAGACCCUUAAGACCAAACUAGUCCGGCGGCGAUUAAGUUCCUUCAAAGAUCAGACUAGUUCAGGUAAAAGCAUCAAAGAUAUCUUCAAUGAAGAUUUUGAUAAGGUAGCCUAUGAAGCAAGAGACUGUUAUGCAAUGGGUUCAACAGAUAAGUUUAAUCACCAAGAAUUCAAAUGCUUGAUGUUCUUAGAUGGUUGUUUCAUUGUUUAUUUCAUUCACUUCAUUGUCAAUGGCAAACAAGAUCAUCUAAAGAUGAAGAAUGAUCAUAUCGCUUUCACGAUAAUGGACUUCUUGUUGCUUGAGAAUCAACUUCCUUACAUAGUUCUCCAAACAUUAUUGACUACUCUGAUCCCUGAAGAGAAUAUAGAUUUAUUUGAAAAGUUCAUUGACCUACAAACUAAGGCCACAGGCAGCAUAUCCACAAGGGAGCCCUUGUAUCAUUCUCUUCUAGGCCUGUUCAUUUGUUGCAGCAACUCAUUGAGAAAGAAGUCUAUAAGUUACGAUGAGACUCCCACAACCACAGUUAAGAAUGAGCCAAUUCAUCUGCUUGACAUUUUCCGAAACAAAUUCCUCAGUACUAGUAGCUCUCUACCCAUCAAUGGAAAGUCUCAAGAAGUACAAUCUGAUGAAGAUGAAGACAAUUGGCAAUCAUUUCGUUCUGUACAAGAGCUCAAAGUUGCAGGGAUCAGGUGCAUUUGUGCAGGAACUUGUUACCCAAAGAAAGUAAAAUUCUGGCAACACAACAUGUAUGGAGAACUAUCACUUCCAGCAAUUGUUGUUGAUGACUCCACUAAGACUAAAUGGUUAAACUUGGUAGCUUAUGAAGCAUGCCCUGAUUUCUCAAAUGACUUGGCUUUCACUUCUUUUGUUUGUUUCGUGGAUUCACUCAUUGAUCACGCCGAAGAUGUGAAGAAGCUGAGAUUACAAGGUGUACUACUCAAUGGUCUUGGAAGUGAUCAAAAUGUGGCUGAUCUAUUCAAUGAUAUGACAAUAGACUUAACACCCAACCCUACUGCAUAUAUGAAAGUUAAGUGUGGAAUUCAAAGGCAUUAUAAGAACAGGUGGGGAAUUUGGAUAGCUGAAGCAUUGCAGACAAAUUUCAGGACCCCAUGGACUACAACUGCUUUCUUUGCUGCACUGUUCAUAAUCAUUCUCACACUCUUUCAACUAUUCUCGCCUUCGUUCAGACCUACUUCCAAGAAGUUGAUUCUUGCAACAAUGAUAAAGCUCCCAAGGUCAUCACCAAAACUGAGUAUUUCUUCCCCUCAAGAAGGAUGCCAAGGACACCAUGAGAAUGCAAGCUUGGUUUAGGGAUUAAAACCAUUAUGCUUUAGGGUGAAAUCCAUCAUGUUAGAUGUGCUUACAUAUUCUUUGCAGUUCAUAUCCCUCAAUGAGGCUCUCUGUUUUUAUCUCCAUUUUUUUAUUUUUUUGCUUGUGGGUGCUUUUUUAUUGAACUCCUGAGAAUAAGAUGAGUA